AUGAGGCAGAAACGGAGGAACCAAGCGAAGGUUCCCCAGAACGGAAACAGCACCGGCAGUGAUCAUAAGGCGCAAAACACGAAGAGGAAAAAAACGCACGUACCAGAUGACCCGAAUAGAAAAUUGGACAUCCUCUUCUAUGGAAACAAAAAUAUAUACUUGAGAGAUAUUCACAAUUUUAUCAUAAACCUCCGGACCGAAAAAAGUGUUUACAAAAACAACUUGUUCAUCGUGAAAAAUAGUGACUGCGUAAAUAAUUUAAUCGUAGUGGUCGUUCCGAACCUGUCCAGUUGGUUCAUAAGGGACAUUUCUGCCAGUGGCGUUUUUUCCAAACUGCAGAAGAACAACAACUUUAGGAAAAUCAACACGGAAAAUUGUUUUAAAAAUAAUUACAGCAAUUUAAUUUUAAAAGCGCUAAGUGUAUCUGUGAUGAAAAAUAGAGGAACAAAUUAUAACUCACCCGGGGAUAACUUCUACAUCGAAAAUUAUUUACUUAGCAGUGAGCAGAUGCUGCUGAAUAGGUACCCAAAAAAGGACUCUGAGGACUACCUCGGUUUCGAUAACAUUGAAUAUGUGAAGGUGGACAAAGGAAUAACAGACAUGCGUUCCUACUUAAACAUCACCAUGAACACCACCACUAGUACCAGGCCUGAUCAGAAUGGCAUCCCAAAUGAGUUAGGACAUUCUGACCAGACGAGCAUACCUGUUACAGAGCCGAUUGAUUCCCCACCGCAGGGGAAUGACCCAAAUGGGGAAAUCGCUAACUCGGAAGAGGUCACUGAAGAGGCGAAGAAUAUCUUCACCGAGGAACAUAUAACGAUGUAUGCCCAGGUGUUGGAGAAGCUGCUUAGGGCUUCUGAAAUGGCAUCACAAAAAAAGGGGAAGUCCACCCCACCAAGUGAUCCAAAGGAAGAGGAAAAAGCAGAAUCGAUAAACGAGUUAGAUGAGGAAGAAGACCAGAAGGACGAAAUUGUAAACGUAGGGGAGAAUGAAAAUGCAGAUGGAGAUGCCGAUGUGCCUCAGCCAAAUGGGGAGGUGAGUGGAGAUUUCAUCACCACAUUGAGGGAUGAAGACAGUCAGAGUGGAAGCACCAACGAAGGGAGAGAUGACCCGACUUGCUCCAGUCCCCCCAAUUGCCAACCUCCUGUCCAGUUCGAUCUGGACAACAUUUACAGCAUCGACUGCGAAAUGUGCGAAACGAUAAAUAAAAAAAGAGAGCUCACCAAAAUUACCGUAGUCGAUGCGUACAUGAAUAUAGUAUACGACUCGUAUGUCGUUCCAGACAAUCAAAUCACAAACUACUUAACUCCCUACUCGGGCAUAAGUGAAAGUACCCUACAAAAUGUACAUACAAAGUUGAAGGAUGUACAGGAACAUUUGAAAAAAAUUUUUAAUAAAAAAUCCAUUUUAAUUGGUCACUCUUUGGAAAAUGAUUUGCAUGCAUUAAGAAUUCACCAUCAGUAUGUCAUUGACACGUCCGUGGUUUACUCCAACUCGGCCUACUGUUUUUUGAAGCCUUCUUUGUUUAACCUGUGCCAGCGCCACCUGGGCAUCACCAUGAAGCGGGAGAAGGGGCACAACUCGAUUGACGACGCGAAGAUAAGCAUGUUCCUCGCGCUGAAGAAGAUGAGCGAAUUCGACACGGCCGAGCCCUUCUACCAGUACCAGCCGCUACCAGUCCUUCUCAACCCGGACAAUUUCACCAACGUGAAGGGAAAUAUCAUAUACCAGGAAGACCUGAACCACAAGUACGAGAAGAACCUCUGCAUAUAUGACUCGAAGAACGAAUACAUAGAGGAAAAGCUGCCCAAGCUUUUCCUAAAAAACUGCUUCCACUGUCCAUGCGAAAACGACGACGAGUGUGUAGAAAACCUAAUCAUGAAUAUCAAAAAUAAAAAUAAAAUAAAAAAUUACCUAAUCAUAUUAAGAGAGUACGAAAAUCUCUGCAAUCAAAAAAUUUAUAAUUGUGUAAAAAAUGCCAAAGAGGAAAAUUUUAAAGUCGAUGCAAAUGGUGAGCUGUUCCAGGUUCCCACCAGAGUGGAAGCAAGUGGCAUUGUAAAAAAAUUAAGCCAAAAUAUUGAGAACAUUUAUGAAAACCUGGGAGAAAAUGAUGUCCUCAUAUUGCUCUCCUUCAACAGUAACAAUCUAGCGGAGGAAAAAAUUGCAGAAACGCUAUUUUUGGCCAAGGAUAUAUUUUACGCAAAUGCAGAUACAAAUGAUAAAUUAAGUAGCCUUACUUCGAAAAUUAAUUCCAUGGAGAAAAUCAUUGCCAAAAAGCAGAGCGAAAAUGAUUUAGUAAAUUUGCACUAUUUACAAUUUAGGCAUCUCCUAUGUUUAUACGAACGGCACAUUAUUGCUUACCUUAAUGAGCAAAAGAAUAGUGACCGGAAUAUUUUCAUUUUGAAUUCCCUCACAAAUUUGAAGAACAUCGUGUGUGGUAACAGCCGCAAGAAGACCUUCAAUGGGUGGUUUUCCAUUCUGCUCAAGGCGUGA